AUGUGGGGCCUCCCCCACAUGAAAUUGGUUGUUGGAGAUGCUUCAGGGGCCUGCUCGCCUGGCUCAGGUAGGAACUGGACCUCAUGCACCUCGGGCAGCUUCUGCAGUCCCGUCUCCUGCGUGCACACCAGCUCGUCUUUCGGGCCCAUCCCCAGUAAGCGGCGAAGUGUCGACGAGGAGGCAGGCAUCCCAGAGCCCCCCGACACCGUGGCCGAGCCGAACCUAGUGUGCUUUAACGAGGUCGACGCCGAGCUCCUCCCUCCCGCCAACGACGAGAACUCCCCAUCCCGUCAGCGCUCUCCACCACCGCAGUAUCCCGCCUCCGAGGCCGCGGGCCCUUCAGCCUUCCGGCCACCACCCUCGUUUUCGUCGCUCUUUCCCGCUCAGGAAGCUUCGGACUCCGUCUUCGAGCCUUGCGAACCGUACAAAGCCGUCGUUGAAGACACCAGCGAAGCAGCCGCUUCCGCCUCAGCCUCCGCAGCCCCAGCGUAUGCGCCCGCCGACAGCCAGGUAGCACCCGAGUCUUCGAACAGCGCAUCUGCGGCCCUCCGGCUCCAGGACGAAACCAAACGCGCGCUCCCCCGGGAUAGUAAGGGUAGCACCAAGGACGAGGAAUCAGAACCGCCGCCGGCAUAUUCAGAGGGCUCCAGUCCCCUCGACUCCUUCACAUACCUAAUGGCUGCCGCAGGAGGUGCCGCGAGUAUUAUUACUCAGGUGCAGCAGGGCGGACCAUCGCUCAACCCGCUUGGAGAUGUGCCCGGCGAUGAAACGAUUUUGAUGGACCUGCGGGGCACCCGCUUUAAGCUGUCGAGAGACGAGCUGCUAACACUCCCCGAGUUCGUCCUGCUCUCUCUCUUCCCCAAUGGGCUCUUCCCUGAAGGGCAAAUGGGCGGUUUCACGGAAGGAGACGCUGUCCAAGUCGACUACGAUCCUGCUUCGCUCCAGUACAUGCUCGACUUCUUCCGGAACGUAGCGCAGAGCAUUCCGGCCGAGGCCGGACUCGAAGCCGGCGACGGCGUGGUGCCGCUCGACCCAUCAGCACGGGACGAGAACAGCCGGCGCGCCGGUAUCAUCGUGCUCCGCGAGGAUCUCGACUUCUACGUCAUCCCGCCCCAGCAGGACAUCGACCAACCCGAGAUGAUCGAAGUCAAGCGGGCGGCCGCCAGAGCGCUGCUCAGACAGGACGGCAUCUUCAGCGGGCUUAAGAAGAGCGACGAGCCAGGAACGACUGAGGCGCAUCUCAUUGAGAUGCUGACAGCGGGCGGUUUCAACCACGAUGACCACUGGGGUCACCGGGCUGGCGAACCUAACAAAGCUGUCAUCUGCUCCCUGGCGCUGGCGCGCCUACGCUCCGACAUCCGCGGCAACGACAUGGGAAGCAGCGCCGUCGGCAUGGCGCAAAAGUUGCUGCUCUUCUGGCGUAAGCCCGCCCGCCGCUGCUGGUGGGAGGGCGUCGAGCUCGACGACGUCGAGGGCAUGCCUGCCGGCACCAAGCUCAAGGUCUGGAUCCGCCGGGUCUGGACACUCGAGAUGAGCGUUAUUGGCUUGCGCUAG